AUGGCUGAAGAAAAUGAGACAGGGGUGCCAGAUCUGCCGGUAAAAACUGGUACUACAUCAUCGACACAUGAAAAUGAGUUUUAUAGAAUACCAAAGAAGUUAAGAAUACAAAUUAAUCAUUUGCAAGGACAAAUAAUAAAGGAAACAAACAUCUCCAUAUUAGAAAAGGAAGCAAAUAUUGUAGAACAAUGCAUGAAGGAACUAACUGCUGCCCAAAAAGAAUUAGAGCGCAUCCAAGGUUCAGCCAUCGAAAAGAUGACAUUGUAUAGUAAGUUUGAGGAUAUGAGUCGAGAAACAAAUCAAAUACUUGCCCAAGCGGUGCAAGCAAUUCAACAGCUAAAAUUGAAUGAAAACGAAGAUAGACAUUCAGUAAUCACAUCCACUCAUCGAAGUAGAUCAAGUCAUCGAAGUAGACUAUCUCGUUCAUCACUAGCUAGUACUAGUUCAUCCGCACGACUUCGUAGACUCGACCUCGAAGAGGAAAUUGCAACAUUGAGAGCCAAAAUAAAUCUUGUAGAGGAAAGGGAACAACUAGACAAGGCUAACCGAGUCGCACCCGAAGAAAUCGAAAGGCGAAAGCUGGAAAUCCAGAGCGAAGAGCAGCGUUUGAUUGAGCAAAUCGAAACCACGAAGGAAACAUUCAAACUUAAGGAACAGUUAGCAGAAAGGGAAGCAAGAGUCGAGGCAUGCACACGGUUCGAAAACGAGGGUACGUCUGUGAUAUUUGACGACGACGACAAUCAAAGUAAUGCCACACGAGAGCACAUUCAGAAAUUCCUUCGAUCUCAGGCAGAACCUUCUGCUGAAGGUGAGAAUAAUGAACUUGCUACGCAUGAUACAGCUGACUCCUUCCCUCCCGAAUGUGGGUUAUUAGUUCCUCCUCAAUCCAAAUUGAACCCAGACGUCCCACCAUACGUCUCUUGCAAAGAAGCUACCACCUCAGCACCGAACCAACAAAUCAACGUAACACCUACAAAUGUCCACAUCAAUCCACCUUACACCCUAACUGGUGCCACAAACCCUGACUUGGUUCAAGCUCAGUUAACCGCAAUCACAAAAUUAUUGGAAGUCCAAAACCAGAACCGAUUACCCCUGCCGGAGCCGGGCGUCUUCAGUGGUAAUCCUUUGCAAUACCCAAUGUGGGUGAAGGCAUUUGAGACCCUUAUUGAAGGCAGAGCAAUCAACCCGGCCGAAAGAUUACAUUUUCUUGGAAAAUAUGUCAGUGGUGAAGCUAAAGAAGUGGUGAAUGGUUUCAUGCUCCUGGACGGCGACGACGCACAUACGAAAGCAAAGGAGAUGCUGGCUAAACGAUUUGGCGAUCCAUUCACAGUAGCAGCAUCAUUUCGAAAAAGACUCGAAGAAUGGAAACAAAUUGCGCCUGGCGAUGCAAUUGGUUUGCGAAAGUACUCCGACUUCCUUGUCCAAUGCGAAACGGCAACGGAGAAAGUGAGUAGCCUCAACGUGCUCAACGAUGUACAAGAAAACCAGAAGAUGAUAUCCAAACUACCCAAGUGGUUGUCAAAUCGCUGGGCAAGAGUUGGCUACACGUCAAGAGAGGAGAAGAAUAAAUUCCCCCCUUUUCGGAAUUCGUUCGAUUCCUGGUAA